GUCAGCAGCAGAAGCAGCAUCAGCAGCAAUUGCAGCAGCAGCAACAACAGCGUCAAUUGUAUUCGAGACAGUUUUUGGCUCAAGCACCGUUUUUCCAUUUACAUAUGCUGAAAUUAUGCAAAACGAAUCUCAUUUUAAUAGAUUUGUAAUUUGUGCGUUAAGCGAUUCAGUUGCGGCGAUUCAAUUGUUUUUUCACUGAGCUUUGCCGUUGUCAUGCAUUUUGUCACACAACAGCGGCAACACCAACAACAACAACCAACACAACAACAAAAGGCAUCAUCAUCAUCAUCAGCAGCAGGAACAACAACCACAACAACAGCAACAAUAUUAAGCGGCACUCGCUUUGUGUCCCUCUGCAAAUCUUCCAGCCAAGGCGCUCUACCCAAAUCCUUAGCCACCGCUCAAAGUCUCCUUCGUCAAUCCUCGUCACAGCAACAACAACAAAGGCACAAACGCGCCGCCAGUCUUAAUCUUCAAUCCACGCCCAUGCGAGAUUCCAUCUGUGAUGAAAUCACAAUCACAACUACAACUACUACUGGCAACAGCAACAACACAAGCACUUUAAGCACCAUACAGGAGGCAUCUGGCACACUCGAGCGGAGCAGCAUUUCCACAAUUUCCACAUCGUUGUCUUCAACACAAAACACUUCCGCUUCCGCUGCGCCUGUCUCCAGUAAUGAGACGCUCGCCCAUAGCAACAGCAGGAGCAGCAGCCAACAAGACGUAGAGCCUGCCAAUCAGCAGUUAGGUCCACAGGCUGGCACACCCAGCAUUACCAUUGUCCAGACCGAGGCCAGGGAGCAACUGCAACAGCAGCAAACGCCAUCGCAGAGCGUCGAUUCCAACGGGCAGCGGGCGAGCAGCUCCUGCACGGAUAGUCCAAGCAGUCGCAAAAGCUCAACCAGCUCCAAGGGCAAACCAGCCAAGUUAUCCACCUCAAGCAGUGGUCGGGAUGAGGAUGCCCAGAGCAAAGUAAGCGAAUCAGAUAGCGUCACUUUGCGUGUGGAACCAACCAGCAACAACGGCAGCAGCUCCACAGCCAAUGAGAAGCCCACCAAGGGCACAUCCCGACUAUCUGAGCGCGCCAAGAAGAAGUCCUGGUACAACGUCAUCUAUCCCAACUAUAAGUCACGCGCAGAGGAUUUCAAGAAACUGUUCAAAGAGGUGCCCAACGAAGAGCGCCUAAUUGUUGACUACUCGUGUGCGUUGCAGCGUGAUAUAUUGGUGCAGGGCCGUCUAUACGUGUCACAGAAUUACGCUUGCUUUCAUGCAAACAUCUUUAGCUGGGAAACGUAUGUGAGCAUCAAAUGGAAGGAUGUGACGAAUAUAACGAAGGAGAAAACCGCUCUGGUUAUACCGAAUGCCAUUUCGAUAUCGACCGCCAAGGAGAAGUUCUUCUUUGCGACAUUCGCGUCACGUGAGAAAUCACAUUUGAUGCUCUUUCGCGUCUGGCAGAAUACAUUGAUGAACAAACCGUUCUCGCCUCAGGAGAUUUGGCGUUAUGUGCACAAUUGCUAUGGCGAUGAACUGGGCUUAACUUCGGACGAUGAGGAUUAUAUAGAUCCCACACUGAAUGCAGCGGAAACUGAUAACUAUUCAGAUUUUCAAACGGCCAUUGAUGAUCUCGGUGGCGAGCAGAGCAACUCAAAUCAGAGCAUUAACAAUACAGUGCAACCGCAAAGCGGCAACAGUAGCGCCAGCAGCGGCGGUGGCGUCGGCAGUGCCACAACACGCAAAUCGAAAACGAAAUAUUUCUUCAACUCAAGCAAAUCGUCGAAUUUGAAUUCGUCGGCCAACGCCUCGGCAAGUGGCUCAGACAAUAAAAUCAACGACAAUACACGCAAAUCCAACAAGAAAAUGAAGACCAAUGCCAAAGAGCUGACACUCAGCUCCAUCAAGGCAGCGGAGCAAUCAGUUAGCGUCACUCUUAGCGUGCCCAGCACCAACACCAGCACCAGCAAUAACAGCACCACCAACAGCACAACAACAACCAACACAACCACAACUGCUCCAAGCACAGCCACAGCCAAAGUUGGUGGUGGUAGUGGUAGUGGUGGUAGUGGUGGUGGUGCUACGGCUUCUGAGAGAAAAGUCGAUAAGCUCAGCGGCCAUGCUGCAACGGCAACGACAUCUGAAUCAACACAGAACCAUCCCCCAGAUGCCAAGCGCAAAGUGACCAAAAAUCAGCGACAACGCGAUGUUGAAUUGGCGAACAAAAAUAAUGCCGAAGUUGGGCCCACAGAUGUCUCGGACUCAUCUGACUCCGAGGCGAACAAUCUGCCGUUUGUGCCGAGCACGGAAUGUACAUCGACGCACGAGGGCCGCCAAAUUGUGCACACAAUUCUGCCCAUUCGUGUGGAUACGCUGUUCAAUUUGCUGUUCUCCAAAUCGAAAUUCAUUGUGGACUUCCAUGAGGUGCGAAAAUCAGCAGAUUUAACGGUGGGCGAGUGGCACAAGAACGAUGAUGGUCAGAAUGUGCGGCUGGUGAAUGUCACCGUACAAUUGGCCGCCUCAGUGGGCCCGAAGACCUCAAAGGUCACCGAAUUUCAAACGAUGCGUGAGUGCAGCAAGCCGGGUGAACUCUAUUCGAUAGAUGUGAACAGCGUCAAUGCGGGCAUACCCUAUGCGGAUAGCUUCAGUGUGCUCAUCCACUUUUGUUUGGCGCGCACUGUGGAUGAUCAUACGAUGUUGUCGAUACAUGCGCAAAUCAAAUAUAAAAAGUCCAUUUGGGGCGUUGUCAAGGGAUUCAUUGAGAAGAACACAUGGGCUGGACUGGAGGAUUUCUUUGGGGCUCAACUGCAUGCGCUGCAGAGCGAAACUUGUAUACCGCCCGCCAAGGGCAAGGGACGACGGCCAAGACGUGGUACCGCCACACAAGUACGCCCCUUGGAGGAAGCAAUCGCUGGCUCGGCACAAGCGGGCAAGCCCGAAACACUGGACAACUGGGACUCGAAAUUAAAGUCCGCUGGCGUCGUUGUCGGCGCUGGGGCUGCUGCUGGCUUGGCUCAUGGAGCUGCUGGUGGCGGCGGCGCUGGCAGUCGUCAGCAGAAGCUGCUGGCCGCUCAACAGCAGCAUCAGCUGCUGGCGGGCGGUCAACAAUUCGGCCAGGGCCAAGAUAGAUUCAGACACAAGGGCUUGUCAUUCUUUAUUAUAUUCUUGAUGUGCUUGCUUCUGGCAUUAAAUGUGAUAUUAUUACUUAAGCUCUGGAAGCUGGAGGAACACAUUGAUGUCGAUCUCAGUCGCCGUGCCCGCAAGACCACUUUGGCAGCCCUCAAGGAACUACCCAGUACAAAUCAAGAUUGGCUGGAGUUGUUGCGUCAGCAGGAGCUGUCACACGAAAUGGAGAUACGCAAAUGGCAUCAGGUGCUCGAAACGUCCAUUGAGCUGCUGAAAAAGACUGAAAAGACUUUGGCUGAAGUCUUGAGACCCUAGCCGCGCUUUCAGCACAAUAUAUACCCCCUAAACUCACAAGUCCCGUAACAGCCCUCCAAAAUCAAGCAAAAGGUCUAAUAAAUAUGUUCACUUAGUUCCUUUUUCGUUCUGGCAACAGCUGAAUGCGUUGAGAACACAAAGCCACCAAAUAGUUGAAAUUGAAUUUCAAAAUGUAGCACUAAAAUCAAUAUUUAGUCAUAAAGAGACAAUUAUUUGUGUUAAUUGGUUAGUUUUGCGCUUAAGUAGUAUGGCUUUUAGUUCAGUCUAUCAGUUAAUCUUUGUAUUUAAAUUAAUGAAUUUACAUUUUAUAUAUAUAUAUAUACUCGUCUAGUUUAGUCUCAAAGUGUUUUAGUCGCUGCAUUUAUGUUUAUGUUGUUUUUUGCGUUGACGCUUUAAAACAAUUUCUCAAAGAAUUUGAAAAACAAAACAACACAUCACACACAGACAACCACACAA